AAGAAAUUGUCGUCAAUUAUUUAGUAAAUUGAUGUAAAAUAUUCGUUACUAUCUACGGGAAACUAAUCACGUGACAUUUAUACAAAAUGGCGUCGGCUUUAUCAGAGGAUGAAUUUCAUCGCAUGCAGCUGCAGCUAAUCGAGUUGAGAACAGCAAAAUAUGAACUUGAGUCAGCAAAUAAAAAACAGGAGAGAGAAAUUCAGAAUUUGAAGGAUGCAGCAGAAACCGCAGAGAAAGAGUUGCAGAAGGCACAGAAGGCCAUCAACAAAAGCAAGAAAGCAAAGGAAGUGGAACUGUUAAUGCAGGAGGCAGAUAACUUGCAGAUGAAGUUACAAAGUCAAGAGGAUGAUUUUAGAGUUCAGAAUCAAACAUUGAUGCAAGAACUUGCCAAUCUUCUUUCAAGCAAUGAAGAUUUAGAGAAACAAUUGUCUGAGUUGAAGGAAAACAAAGAAGGUCAGUUAGGUGCUAGCGAGGAAACUUCACAUCUUGAGGAUGAAGUACGCAGGCUACAGGCUCAAAAUGCUGCAUUGCAGAGGAGUAUGUCAGAUCUGCAGUCCAAGACUUCAAGUAAAAGUGAAAGUAAAAGUGAAUUAACUGCAGAGGAUGUUGAUGAAACGUCUGAAGAAGUUAACACAGAAUCUGAAGAGCCUGCUCUGGAUUUAGAAACAUUACAGAAAACUAUUGAUGACCUGAAGUUAUGUGUUGACACUGAAUCAGAAGAGAAAAAGAUGAUCAAACAAAAGCUAACGGAAAAUGAGGAAAAACAUGGCAAAGAAGUUAAGAAUUUAAAGGAAGAGCUAGAAAAGGUGACUGAAAAGUUGAAAAAGAAACAAGAUAGCUAUGUUCAGUUACAAGAGGAAAAGGAAAGAUCUUUUGGAGAAAUGAAUGCCAAACUAAUAGAGGUACAUUCAAGUAAAGACAGGGACCAGAAGUACUACACUGACCAGAUUACUAAGUUACAAAAUGAGAUUGCCAGGUAUCAAAGGUUACAAGAAGAGAUAAAAAGUAAUUCAGAUCAAACUAUCAAGCAGCUACAGAACAAAAUGGCUCAGAUGCAACAACAGAUCAAUGCAGCAGAUAUAAUAGAGAACCAGCAUUUGCACGAGAGAACACAGAAAUAUGAAAGCCAUGCCAAAGAAUUGCAGUCACAGAUACUGGUGCUUACACAAAAGCGAGAUGACCUGUCUGCACAGUUAGAGGAGAGCGAGAGGGUAAGUCAGAUGGCGUCCCAGCAGCUGCUUGCAUUACAACAGGAUAGAGAUAAGCAGAUACAGUCGGCACAGGAAGCUAACAAGUUGGCAGAGAAGAGAAAGGCAAUGUUGGAUGAGUUAGCCAUAGAAUAUCAGAAGGAUGGGGACAAGCACAGGGAACAGAUGUUAACCAUGGAAAAUGAUUAUGAAUCCAGACUGAAAACUCUCCAGCAGAAAUUAGAUCAAGAGCAGAAAAAGUGUGUAGAGCUGGAGAAGUUAAAACCAGUGGUUGAGGAGAAACAGACAGAAAUCAGCUCACUGGUGGAGAAAUGUGGCUGGCUGGAGAGGAAGUUGUCAGACACCGAGGGUAACCUUGACAAGACUUUAGAUGAAAAUGAGACAGCUUUACUAACUAUGACAACAAACCAUGAGGAGGAAAUUACAUCUCUCAAAACUGCACAUUCCACAGAAAUUGACAAUCUUACUUCCACAUUCCAGGCAGAAAUUACUUCUUUAAAGGAGUCAGAUGAAUCUCAGAAACAGGUCAUUGCAAAUCUGGAGGUAGAAGGGAAAAAACUGAAACAGGAGAUUAAAGAUGGUGUGAAUGAGAGAAAAGUACAUGAGAAAAAGGGAAAAUCAGUUUUAAAGGAUCUGAAGAAACAGCUACAUGCAGAGAGAAAAAGGGGAGAUAAAUUACAGGAAAGAUUACAGGAAGUGCUCUCCAAUGGAUCUCAUAAUAAAAGUAUUGAGGAUUUAUUCCGUACCCCAGACAUGAUGAGUGAUUCAUGGCGGGAAGAUCAAAGUUCUAUAUCAUCAUGGAGUGGUGGUGGAACUUUGGCAUCUUAUGGAACCAAUCCUAGUGUAAUGAGUACAUCACCUCAGAGCUCACCCAUGUCACCAUCCACAGAAUUUCCUGGAAACCUGAGGAAUGGUGAGAGUUUAGAAAAUGAAAAUAAAGAACUGCUGGCUAGGAUUGCUUCUGUGCAACAGGAAAAAUGGGACCUCGAAGAAAAGGUUCGGCAUUUAGAAACCAGCACGUCAGCAAUGGCUAAUGAUUUAAUAGAGAAAUCCAAAAUUAUCGAGCACUAUGUGAUGGAAAGUAGAACAGAUAUGAAGCAGCACCAUACUCAGCCAGAUGACAAAAUAACUUUCAAGAAAGUUUUAGAUCUAGUCAAUAAAUCAGACGAACAUGGACUUAGAGAAAUGAACAAAAAAUUACAAAAUAUGCUUGAAGAAACUCUCACCAAAAACAUGCAUUUACAGAAGGACUUGGAGACACUGUCUCAGGAAAUUGUAAGGCUCAGUAAGAUGCCACACCAGGUUAGUGCUAACGUAAUAAACACCGAUAAACAUUCCUCCAAACCAUCACAAGACACUGCUAAUAAUUCUGAUAAUUCAGUGACAGAUGGACUGACAGAUGGACAGAAUUCAGACAGCAUAAAGUGUUCAACAGUAAAUGGUGCUGUAUCAUGAUACUCCACACAGUUUUUUCACAUGAAGUAGCCGAGGACAGACAUUCUGCGGGGAAUAUGAAGCUGCCAUCAGCGCGAGGAUAUCGCCUGAUAGAUAACACUUAUCGUCCACAAUAUGCCAUAUGUGAUAUAACAUGAUUUAUUUUUAAACACUUUAUUCAAAAAGCAGGAAAAAGAUUAAUGUCACAUUUCUUUAUUUUCAGAAGCUUUAUUUUGUUGGAAAUCAGUCAACGGGUGUUAAAAUACUGUUUUACCAACUUCAUUAUGAUUUUAAAGGUGAAAAACAUCAAAUGUUUAAGGUCAGAACAGCCUAACUUGGUAUUUAUUAUUGAUACCUAUUUUUAUGCCCCCAAAGGGAGGCAUAUAGUUUUUGAACCGUCUGUCGGUCCGUCCGCAAUUUUCGUGUCCGGUCCAUAUCUUUGUCAUCGAUGGAUGGAUUUUCAAAUAACUUGGCAUGAAUGUGUACCACAGUAAGACGACGUGCAGUGUGCAAGACCCAGGUCCUUAGCUCAAAGGUCAAGGUCACACUUAGACGUUAAAGGUCAUUUUUCAUGAUAGUGCAUUGAUGGGCAUGUCCGGUCCAUAUCUUUGUCAUCGACGGAUGGAUUUUCAAAUAACUUGGCAUGAAUGUGUACCACAGUAAGACGACGUGCAAUGCACAAGACCCAGGUCCGUAGCUCAAAGGUCAAGGUCACACUUAGACGUUAAAGGAUAGUGCAUUGAUGGGCGUGUCCGGUCCAUAUCUUUGUCAUCGAUGGAUGGAUUUUCAAAUAACUUGGCAUAAAUGUGUACCACAGCAGUAAGACGACGUGUCAUGCUCAAGACGCAGGUUCGUAGCUCAAAGGUCAAGGUCACAGAUGUUAAAGGAUAGUGCAUUGAUGGGUGUGUCCGGUCCAUAUCUUUGUCAUCGACGGAUGGAUUUUCAAAUAACUUGGCAUGAAUGUGUACCACAGUAAGACGACGUGUCACACGCAAGACCCAGGUCCGUAGUUCAAAGGUCAAGGUCACACUUAGACGUUAAAGAUCAUUUUUCAUGAUAGUGCAUUGAUGGGCAUGUCCGGUCCAUAUCUUUGUCAUUCAUGCAUGGAUUUUAAAAUAACUAUGCAUGAAUGUGUGACACAGUAAGACGAUGUGUCGCGCACAAGACCCAGCUCCGUAGGUCAAAGGUCCUAAACUCUUAACAUCUGCCAUAAGUAUUCAUUCAAAGUGCCAUCGGGGGCAUGUGUCAUCCUUCGGAGACAGCUCUUGUUCAUUUAAAUGUUUUAAAGAAGCUAUCAGUUUCAAGACAUGAUCACUCUGUUUCUGAAGUCAUUCAAUGUAUAAAAAUGUUUUUUCAUUGGUUGUUUGGUAGAGCAUAUGUGUCAUAAUACAUAAUAUUUAUGUGCCAAUACUUUCUGCCAUGUCAUGAAAAUUCAUUAUAUCUUUAAGGAUAUGUGACAUAUAUUUUUUGAAAGUCACAGAAAUUGUUCACAGUUUAAGAGGAAAAGUGUUUUCAGCUUAAAGCAAAUGCAUUCACAGUUUAAGAGGAAAGUGUUUUCAGCUUAAAGAAAAUGCGUUCACAGUUUAAGAGGAAAAGUGUUUUCACAGACUUUUGCAACAGAACUUAAUGCAUCAUUAUGUAAACAGGUAUUUUGCAAAUUGUUCCUUGGUAUAUAAAGUAAUGUGCAUUUGUAACACCUAAUAUAAUUAUGAAUUCAGGAAUACAUGUAUUUAUAUAAAAAGGAAGGUUAUACUUCUAAGAAUUUUCCUCCAUAGUAAGUGCUAAGAAGAAUUGUGCAAUAUAGGAGUUGUAGAUAUCGUUACUUUAAUGCAAAAAGUAAGUAAGUUGUUUAUGUCAGUGCAGGUCUCCACUUUUUGUGCUUGGGUGAUGAAUUAUGUAAAAUUUUCUGAAGAAGUGAAAGGCAUUAAUAACCGUUAGUUUCCCCCAAAAAUCACCAUACACACAUUUAUUGCUUUUCUGGAGUUUCUCAGGUUUAAGUUAGUUUUUCUUUUUUUUUUUUUUUUUAAAGAAUUCUGCAUUUAAACUGAAAAACCUCUUUGUUCAUUGCAUCAUUGUUAAAUAAGAAAUAUUUUUAAUAGCCGAGGUUAAGUGUUAGACAGGACCUAUACAUGGGUAGGUCACCUGUGGCAAGUAAACUGUGUGUUGUAACAAUUGAAAAUUAAACUGUAGUACUCAUUUCAGAACUGUUUACAUUAUAUGUCUGUACUGUUUGAACAACAUUUGUACUAUUGUAUAUGAUUAUGCCAAUCUGCCAUAUUGUGAUAACAGGAAGAAAAAAAAAUUGUAACUGUUUUAUAUUCACUCAAACUUUCCCAGAUCUGUUUAUAUUGGUGAUAUGUAUGUAAUGUAUGUUGGAAGAGUUUAAGUCAUUUGAAAAAAAUACAUUCCAUUUAGGGGUGCUGUAUAAAUAUGAAGGUGAACGUGAAUGGGAGCAGUGGUUGAGACAUAACACUGUAUGACUAGGAAACCAAGGGUUGUGAGUUUGAUCCCCGACUCCUUCAGUUGAUAUAGCAUUACAUCUGGCAUGCUAGAAAACCAGGGAAGCUUCUUGAAUGGAACAGUCUUCUGGAUUACAAGUACAAAUAUAAAUAAGCUCAGACACACACAUGUUCAGGUGAAAAAUUUGUACAUCUCACAGAAUUUCACAUAAAAUGUAUGUUUGAGAACUAACAAAUACUGGUAAUAUGCACUUGUAAGAAUUGACACCGAAAAUAUUUUUGUUUGUUUGUCAUUGCAUAUGGGACUUGUCUCCCCUUUUGGAUCUUUUUUUACCAGGUUUUCCAAAAAAGUGGUUAUUAGAUGGAGGAAUGUUGUUGGGCAGGUAGGUGGCAUCAACUUAUGGUUUCUGCUCAGUAUCUUGAGUUAGGAGUGACCAAUUGCAAUGAAACUUGCUCAAGGUCAAUGUUGCUAUACAUAUAAAAAAUGGUUUCUGCUCAAUAACAACUUUAGUUUGCAUAGAUGUAUUGAAAUUAAACUUGUACUGUAGGUAGCUUAUAGAAAAACCAAGGUUUGUAUUGUAUAUGGGGUCAGUGGAGGCGAGUUAAAGGUCAACAUAACUUAAUCUGCAUACUUAAAAAUUCCACAGUGGUGCAGUAGCCUAGAGCCUUGGGUCAAUGUUACCUUUUUUUGCUGUGAAACGAAUGGGUUGCGGUUCAAAUCCCAAUCAGGGCCUACUUGUUUUUUAAUUUGUGUGAUAAAAAAACAUUUUAAUGUGACUGGUCAAGGUCAUGGUCACAGUUACUAAAAUUAGAUUUUUUUUAUAACAUCAUAAGGUUGUUUCAGGUUUAUAUCUUUUGUUGGAGUUUUCAUGUAUUUGCUGUCAAACUUGGUGUAUAGCAAGCUUAUCAUGAAGAAUUAGCUUUGGAUGAUAUUUGGGGUCACUGUUACAAAAAUAGGGAAAUUGUUUCCACUCAAUACCUUUAGUUUGGAUACACCUAUUUUCAGCAAACUUGGUGUGUUGAUAGCUUUUAUCAAAGACAGAGGUUUGGAAUAUAUUUGGGGGGUCAGUCUGGGUAAGGUCACUGCUACUAAACUAGAAAAUUGUUUCCAUUGAAUAACCCAAUUAAACUGUAUACUUUAAAAGUUCCACCAUGAGGUAGUGGGCUAAAGCGUUGGUCUAGUGUGCCUUUUCUAAUGUGAAAUGAACAUGUCAAGGUUCAAAUCCUGGUCUUGGCCUUACUCUGCCAUAGGGUCAAGGCCAAACAUAUGGCAGUGACAAAUCUGUUGGUAUAUCUGUACUUCUGAAUGGCAUGAUUGGAUGCAUUCAGAUUAUAUAUAACAGAACAUGACCCUUUUUUUAAACAUUACCUGUUAGCAUGAUGUUUGAAAACUUGGUUUUCAUGGAAUUUCAACAUUUUUUGGUUGCUUUUGCUUUGCCAAAAAUUCACUUUUUUUAUAAGCUGAUGCAAAGCACUGCUUUUACAAAUUGCAAGUUUUAACAAAGUCUAGGACAUCAUUUUACACUAAAUCUUUGGAGGAGCCAAGGUAACUGUCCAUAUUAAGAGCUCUGAGAUAUUUGAGUGAAACAUAUUGAUGGAUCAUUAAAGAUAAUAUUAGAUGGGACCAACAUUUUUGAUUUUUAAAUUAAAACAGAAGUGUGACUUAACAGAGUUGAUAAUACUGAUAUUGGACUGUUGGGUGUGUGAUUUACAAGUUACUGAUUAGCUGAACAUUGCUUUGGGUUUUAAGGUGGUUGCACAUGUUCCAGUUGCUUUGGUUUCAGGUACAAUGUUACUGUUGUGACAUUUAUUACAUGUUACUACUGUGAAAAUUUCAGUGUUUCUGUUGCAACAUUUACAGUGUUACAUUAUUUUCAAACAAUCGAAAUUGAAAUGUAAAAGAGAGAAAUUUAAUCUGUAUGCAAACUAAUGUGGGUGUCACAACUGUUUUUUUUUAACAAAAUGAGGUUUUUAGCUCAACUAUACGAAGUAUAAGGAGAGCUAUCCUACUCGCCCCGGCGUCGGCAUCGGCGUCUUUCCGCGUCCCCACCUUGGUUAAAGUUUUGGUGCACUUUCUCUUUUUUCAACUUAUCUCUGUAAUUACUUGAUGGAUUUGAUUCAAACUUGAAAUACUUAUUCCUCAUCAUCAUCCACAUCAUCUGACAUAAGGGCCAUAACUCUGGCACCAAUAUUUCAUGAAUUAUCCCCCCUUUUCACUUAGAUUUUCAGGUUAAAGUUUUGAUGCACUUUCAUUCUAUCUCUGUUAUUACUGAAUGGAUUUGAUUCAAACUUAAAAUAGUUGUUCAACAUCAUCACCCACAUCAUAUGACACAAGGUGCAUAACUCUGGCACCAUUUUUUCAUGAAUUAUUCCCCCUUUUUACUUAGAAUUUCAGGUUAAAGUUUUGGUGCACUUUCACUCUAUCUCUGUUAUUACUGAAUGGAUUUGAUUCAAACUUAAAAUAGUUGUUCAGCAUCAUCACCCACAUAAUAUGACACAAGAUGCAUAACUCUGGCACCAUUUUUUCAUGAAUUAUUCACCCUUUUUACUUCGAAUUUCAGGUUAAAGUUUUGGUGCACUUUCACUCUAUCUCUGUUAUUACUGAAUGGAUUUGAUUCAAACUUAAAAUAAUUGUUCAGCAUCAUCACCCACAUAAUAUGACACAAGAUGCCUAACUCUGGCACCAUUUUUUCAUGAAUUAUUCCCCCUUUUUACUUCGAAUUUCAGAUUAAAGUUUGGGUGCACUUUCACUCUAUCUCUGUUAUUACUGAAUGGAUCUGAUUCAAACUUAAACAAUUGUUCAACAUCAUUACCCUUAUCAUAUGAUGCAAGGUGCAUAACUCUGGCACCAAUCUUUUAUUAAUUAUUCCCCCUUUUUACUUAGAAUUUUAGGUUAAAGUUUUGAUGCACUUUCACUCUAUCUUUGUUAUUACUGAAUGGAUUUGAUUCAAACUUAAAACAGUAGUUCAUCAUCAUCAUCACCCACACUGUAUGACACAAGCUGCAUAACGCUGGUACCAAUAUUUAAUGAAUUAUGCCCCUUUUUGCUUAGGAUAUACUUAUAUAGUGUUUUGAUACAUUUAUCUUUACCUCUCUUAUUACUUUAAGUUGAUAUUUUUGACAUAUACUCGGGCUAUUGUGCAAUAUCUUCAUCCACAAUUGGAGUCAUUAAACACUCCAGUGAUAGCUCUAGUUUCCUCAGUUAUGCCCAGUUUCACUAUCCAGCAUCGAAAUAGUCGAGCACGCUGUCUCCUGUGACAGCUCUUGUUAUUCUUAUGAAACCAGUAGUAAAAGCAUAGGGCAAUAUGUAAAUUUUAAAGCUUUAAGAUAUUUAUUUUAAUGUUCACUGGCACACUAUGAAGCUGUCAUGGUAAUUGAAAUAUAUUUAUUUCUCACUGUGGUCUUUAGUAUUUAUAAGAUAUAUAUGCUUACUGUUUGCAAUAUCUCCCUUACAAAUUUGGUAGAAAGUCAUUUGUUUGACUGUAUAUUGCAGUUUUUUGGGCAAUAUCUUUUGAAGGUUAAACAGGAGAUGGUAAAUUUUAUCGAGAAAAUGAACUUCACCUUUGCUCUUUUUAAAUAAAUCAAGAUGGUUUAUUUUAGAAUUGGAAAAGACCCACUGAUGAGGUUCUGCAAAUGGGUUUAUCUGUAGAAUUUUUAUUAUAAUAUAACCAACGUUGACAGGUUUUGCUCAGUUUAAAAAUUGAUAUGGACAGAAAUUAAUAAAAGUCAUUUUAUAGAUCUUACAAAUUGAAUGAUAUGAGGUCUACAUACCAAUUUAUGGUCCAAUGUUUACAGCUGAAAACUAGGUCCCAAAAUAACUUAAAACUUCCAUAUUCCUCACCAGAUGGUAGGGGAGUGUCAUCAUUUUUAACCAAAGUAUUAUGAAAUUUUAUAAUAGGACAGUUAGAUCUGAUUUUAAUGAAAUUAGGUGGGAGACUAUCAGAAUUUGAUCAUGCAAAGUUAUUCUUAUCUCUCCAAAUCAAUGAAAAAUAUCUAUUAAUAGUUUAAUUUGAAGAUGGUUACAAUUUAUUUUUUUCUGUAGUGUAGAAAAAAUAAUCCCAAGCGGAUUUACUUGUCUUUAAAGUCCAGCUUCAUCUAGAAUGAUACAUAGAGCUCUGAAUUUGGCUAACCAUGUCAGGCUUCAGUCAAGUGGCAUUAUGUCAGCAUGUCAGUCGAUACUAUCAGCUCUUUUGAUGGAAUAGAAACUAUGAGGACACACCAGCAUAAUAAUGUUGAAAAUAUAUGACCUUACAUAAAUAUGUGCUGUUGUAACUUACAUCUCUCAAAAAAAGAUAUUCAAAGUGAAAAAAUGGAUUAAUUAAAUUACUUCUGAUUAUAGGAGAAACUUUAUUUUUUCACCUUUUUUUAUUGGGAGGCAGUUAUUCUGUUUUGAUAUACAUGAAUAAUUUUCAGGACAUUUUUAUCUGCACCUGCUUAUACCUGGAUUGGUUGAUAACACCUAAAAAGAUAUAUUUAGCAUUUUUGUUUGGUAAAAGUCUUAUCCCAUUUCCUUGAACUGUCUGGGUAGGAUAGAACAAAUAUGUUAUAGAUGGUCUUCAUGGAAAAAAUUCCUGAAUUCAAAAUCAUGAAUACAUUAUAAAUGAGUGCAAAAAUUCACAGUUUUUUUUUAUGCUAGUUUUGUGGUAGUUUUAGUUAUAGCAAUGAUAGGUCAGUUGUACUUGGUGCUAUAGAAGUUAAAGCUUAAACGGAUUCAUACUGCAUACAAAUGGAACUAUUUUAGCAUUAAUAUUCUUUUAGGUGUUACUGUUUUAAGACUUUUAGCUGUUACUCUUGUUAGACGUGGCUGUUACUACUCUCUGAGUUUUAUCUUUUACUACUUUCAAAAUGUUUGGUUGUGACGGCAGACUAUCUGCUAUGACAUCCUGUUGGUUUUCCUUUGCAAGUAUGUUUCACUACUGUGUAAAGCCUUCUGUUUUGCCGUCACUCACAACAUUGCAUGCAAUUUUGCUCAGUGCUUUUUUUUGCGCUUUUAGUAAAAAUGACCUGAUAUACUUUCCCUUUGUCUCAGUAUAGCUUUGCCAGAAACUUAGGUUCUUGAAUUAUUUACAUAUACUUUAAGUUCAAAAGCUGUAGCUACACAUAUAUCCUAGAGAUGAUAAACAAAUGGCUUUUAAGUAAUUUUCCCUCAGAUUAUUUAAAUCUGUAGACUAGACAUUAUUUAAUCAUUCUAUUGAUGGAAUUUUUUACUGUUUAUUCAGGUCUUGUCUUCCCAGAUAGGACUUGACCAGGAAGCUUUUAUUUCUGAGAUAUGUUUGAUAUCAUAGUAACUGAUUUUGUCACAAUAUAAGACAAUUUGCUUCAACCAGUUGGUUAGAUAUUGAAGACUGAUGUUUCAGGUACCCACCUUAGAAACUUUGCCUGGAGGGGCACCUGGGGUCUUUGUUAUCUUUAAAGCUGGAGUGCCAUAUGAUCUAAACUUUUGUCAGUGUGACUGUAAACCCAAGAACAAACUAUUUUUUUAACCCUUUAAUCUAGAUGUGCAUGUGGGGUAGCGUAUGAUCUACCGUAUCUGCCAAAAUGCUUUCAUUUCAAAGAUUUCUUGCCAUGAAUGACUGUUUUGAUGUUGACCAGACUUUCCCUGAAACAUCUGUCACAGAUGAUAACUUCAGUUUAUUCCAAAAUGUGACUGUUAGGCAUAAAGAAUGUAUAUUACAUAGUUAAAAGUUACAAGAAGCUUGUGGACAUUUUUUAUUUAGUUUGUUAUUGAUGAAACCUAGACAGCAUUUUCUUUAGUGGUCAUUUAUGGACAUAUCAAAUGAAGUUUAAGACUAGAUCAUGUGGAAGUUACGAUAGAUGAAGGAAAAUGUUUGGAAGAUAUUUUUUUGAAUAGAUUCUUUCACCUCUCACUUGACUAAAAAUAAUAUCAUUGCAUCUUUAGUUUGUGAGAUUGUUUAGAAAGAAUUUGAUUGUUUAAUUUAAGUAACUGUAUUGAUUUCUUCCUGAAAUUACAAUUCCUAUUUUCUGAAGAUAUUAUAUCAACUUAUAAAAAGUACAUUUAAUCAUGGAUGAGGAAAUUUAUUUUCUAAAUUACAUAAAUCCAGGCGAAUAACCAGGAAGUUUUAAUGAUUUCAAAUUUUGUUAGCAACUUUAGGUAAUUUUCAGUAUAAUGUAUUUUUGGUUUCAUUUUAAGUUUUUUAACAGAAUAAUGUUUUAUAUAAUAUUUCAGUUAUUGUUAAUACUCAUUUUGUUGUUGUUUUUAAUUUGAUGUUUUAGUCAUUGUGUAUAUGUCUAUUUAAUGUUAUUAUUAUUAAAGAUAUAAAUGGUAUUGGCUAUCAUUAAUAAAAUAUGAAUCUUG